CCCAUUUGUCCCUCCCUGAUAUCUAUAUAACCCCUCUCUCUCUCCUCUCUUUCUCUCUCUUUUUCUUUUUCUUUUCUAUUUCUUUUUCUUUAUAUAUAUAUAGAUAUCUACUUUACUCUUUUUUCUUCAAUUUUGAACCCCUUCCACUCUUUUUAAUACUUUAUUAUGUCGCAACCUAUUGUGAGCUAUGGACAAGAUGAGAUUUCUCAUUUACGUUCACAGAAUGAUCAACUUUGGAAAAUCAUUGAAAAACAGCGUGCCAUGAUUCAAAAUCUCCAAAAGGACAAUGUCAGACUGUCAGCAGAACGAGAUGGUCUACAAGACCAACUCCAUCUACUCGAGAAAGAAAUGACUCGCAAGCAACGUGUGACUUCACUCUUGAUCUCACCUCAGGCACUGCGUGAAAUAGCAGAGGCAGAUGACGCUUCUACACCGAAUAGUGAAACCACACCUUCUCCUAUCGAGUCUUAUACAACCACACCUAUGCCACCUCCUCGCUCACCUUAUCGUCCUCUGAAAGAAAGACCGGACGAGAUAUUCAACAAACAAGGCAUUGAACAACGCAUGGAAGAACCAGAGUCGUACUUGACAGCACGCAAUUUGGAAGACAUCAAUGGUCGAUCUUCUCCUGGCUCACCUGCUCCUGGCCCUCAUUCACCCACCCGAAGUUAUCAACAGCGCAAAGACAGUGCUCCAUUACCUAAUCAUGGCAGAAGUCAUUCACCCUACAUGUUACCUGCGCCUAGUAAGUCCUCUUCUUCGCUUGAAGUCCGAAGACGCCAAAGGGAUUCCAUGAUGCCGCCUCCACGCGCUGCCCUGGAACAUGAUCCCACCAUGCGUGCUGCUUCUCCUCCUCUUCCACCUUCAUUCUCUUCUUCUACUGCAUCCAUCAAUACCAAUCUUAUGACUGCUUCUACUUCUACUUCCACAAUUAAUUCUAUUUCUAAUUCACUUCAUGUCACUAGCACACAACAAAAACGCCAUAGUCAAUUAUUCACCACGAAUUCAUUAACCGAUCUACACCAACAGGAAGAAGAGGAAGAGGAAGAAAAGCCUGCUUUGAUGGGCAAUAUGGCCAAUGUGCAUGUCAAAGUAGUCGGAUCUAAUAUUAAGCCUAACGAUAAGGGUAAAGAAGUUGUGUCCUUUAUUGUGUCUGUAGGCCAUUAUCGUGAGGAUGAUACACACCGAUUUGAGGAACGUUGGCGUGUGGAAAAGCUUUAUUCGGACUUUUUAAGUCUCGAUACAAAGUUAAAAACUCAAAGGAAUCGUGCUGUUAGUGGUAAAAUUGGCAAAUUGCCUGAUAAAGCCUUAUUUUCAAAUAAUGCACCUACCAAAGUAGAUCAAAGAAAGGCUGCAUUGGAACAAUACCUUCAACAUGUUAUCUCUUUAUCACUAGAGGAUCCUUCUGAUCUAUGUGAAUUCUUGAGUACAAAUGUAGUAGACACCAAAGUGUUCCAAGCUGCGGGUCAGAAAGAAGGCUAUUUGACAAAACGCGGCAAGAAUUUCGGUGGUUGGAAAACCCGUUACUUUGUCCUGAACGAAUCUGUCCUUGAAUACUAUGAAUCGAAAGAAGGCACUCAACUUGGCUCUAUUCGACUGACCAAUGCACAAAUUGGUACUCAAAUGCACGGUUCUUCUCCUGCCAAUGAAGAAUCCAACAGUGUCUAUCGCCAUGCUUUCUUGAUUGUCGAACAGAAACGUGUGGGCUCAAGUCACAGUGUGCGUCAUAUCCUAUGUGCCAAUUCAGAUGAUGAUCGUGAUAAUUGGGUUCAUGCCUUAUUACAGAACAUCAGUAUUGUGGAAGAAGAUGUUGUCUACAAGAAGAAGAAGGCAGAGAAGCCUCGCAAACUAUCCAAAGGUGAAAUCCGUGCUAUUUCUGCUCAGCCUAUCAGCCACAUGAAAUUAGACAACAGCAGUCAGGCAGACAUGGACAAGUUGAGUGUGCCUCCACAUGCUGAAGAAGACAGCCAGCUUUCUUCUUCUUUACCCAGUGUACAGUACAACACAUGGAGUUCGUAUGAAGCGGGGCGUGUCAGUCUAGAUCAGCGUAGUAGUCCCAGUAACCUCAAUCUACAGCCUCGUCCUCCUAUUGUGCGUCGUAGUAGUAUGAGUAAUCUGAUUGAACAACCACCUCCCGCAGAUCCAUUACGUCGUGCUGUAUCACCCACCAUUUUGCCUAGAGAAGAUUCACCUACUGAAUCACUCGAGCCCGAAAAAAAGGCGAGAAAUAAAGCCCAUCGUAUGACAUUCUGGGGUAAGAAGAUGUUGUUCAACAACACUACAGAAGAAGGACAACCACAACAAACAACACCUCGUCCUGCUCCAUCGAAUUCUUCUUCUUCUUCUACUACUACUACCAGCAAUCCUUCUGGAUUCCGUGGCUUUCUGUCCAGAUCCUCGCAUGAACAAAAUGACCGUCAACGCAAACAAGAAGAAACACCCAGUCUACCUAAACCAUCCAAGCAAGUCUUUGGUGUGCCCUUGGAAGAAGCAGUGCGUAUCUCAAGGGUAUCUGAGGGUUAUGAAUUACCUGCUGUGGUGUAUCGUUGUAUUGAAUACCUGGAUGCGAUGAAUGCUGUGAUGGAAGAAGGUAUCUAUCGUCUUAGUGGCAGUAAUUCAACACAAAAGGCGUUACGAGAACGCUUUAAUCAAGAAGGGGAUGUGAAUUUGAUGGCUACCAAAGAUGACUAUGAUGUGCAUGUUGUUGCUGGUCUACUUAAAAUGUGGUUACGUGAAUUACCCACUAGUGUAUUGACAAGAGAACACCGUAUUGACUUUUUACAUGUGAUUGAUCUCUUGGACCGUAAAGACAGAGUGAAUGAAUUAGGUCGCCUUGUAUCACUACUGCCUUUAGCCAAUUAUACACUUUUGAGAGCAUUGACUGCUCAUUUGAUUCGUGUAGUACAACAUUCAGAUGUCAACAAGAUGACUAUGCGUAACGUCAGUAUUGUGUUUUCACCUACUUUGGGUAUUCCUGCCACUAUCUUUAAUCUAUUUAUGAGUGAAUUUGAAUAUAUCUUCUGGAUCACCAAAGACGGUGAUGCAGCACCCCGUAUGAUUGAAGACGAUAAUGAUGACAAAGAAGAAGAAGAAGAGAGUGCGCCUGGUCUGAGCAGAAGUACAACACUGCGUCUUCGUGAAGAACAUGGUCGAAGUAAUCGUAACAGUGUGAAUUAUAUGGAUGGUGCACCCAAUGCCAUUGUAGAUCUGGAGAAGCAUAUGGAUGGUAAGCCAUUUUAAGUUGUUAUAUCAAUCUCAUAGUGUCUAUUUAGGCCCACCUGUAUUGGAUGAAGAUGACGAUGAAGAUGUAGAUGAUUUAACCCUCUCCAAUGAUUCUAGUUUCUCCCUUAAUGCUUAAUAAUUUAUUCCUUAAUAUAAAUCAUUGACGACAUUGUCAAGUUUGCAUACAACUAAAUUUAGUCUGAUGAUAAUGUACGUAUGCAUAGUAUUUAAACAU